AUGCUCGUCCAAGAAUCUUUUCACGAGGUCCCCACCACGGCCGAUGGACAAGGGACCAUGGGCAUUUAUGUCUUCCACCCCACAAUUCCGGGAUAUCCAAAAGCACGAUUCCCAGGAGUGGUUGUCUUCAGCGAGAUCUACCAGGUAACGGGUCCUGUGGCACGCUUUGCCCGCCAGAUCGCCGGUCAGGGCUACAUCUGUGCGGCGCCAUCGAGCUACCACGAAUUCACGGGGCCCCGAGCCCUUGCAAAACUGGCCGCCUAUGACGAAGACGCUAGUCUAACUGUAGACUACCUGCUCUCCCUGCCCACCUGUAAUGGUCGGGUCGGUGCCACUGGCAUGUGUCUGGGUGGGCAUCUCGCGUACCGCUGUGCCCUCGAUAGUCGGGUCAAGGCGGCUGUGUGUUACUUUGCGACGGAUAUUCACAGCAAGACCCUAGCUGCGGGCAAGAAUGAUGAUAGUCUGGCGAGAGCUGGGGAUAUCAGGGGCGAGCUUUUGAUGAUCUUCGGCAAGAACGAUAACCACGUCCCUCCCGAGGGUCGUGAUUUGAUCCGCAAGACCCUUCAUGAGAAGGGAGUUUUGUUCAGUUUCUAUGAAGUUGCCUGGGCUCAGCAUGCAUUUAUUCGGGAUGAGCUCAGCAAGGGUCGAUAUGACCCCGCCAUCACCAAGUCCUGUUUUGAGAUGUUGCUGGAGCUAUUUGGUCGCACCUUGAAACUGGACCUUGGAGAGCAUGAUGGUAAAGAAUUGGUGGUUGAGGAUGUAUGCUAG